UGGGACGCAUUUGUGCCCUACGCCAACUUUAGACUAACCCCAAGAAAUUCUCCCUCCAAAGUCUUCCAAAGUUGCACGCAUUGGCACCCAAAUAUUAUUUAUUUAUACCACCAAAAAUUAAAAAUUCUAUUUUUAUUUUUUAAAAAACAGCUUUAAAUAAAAUAUCUUUUCCUUUUUAUUUUUUUAAAAAUUCAGGCGUUGCUUUGAUUUUAUUGUUCACACCACUCUCUCUCUCUCUCUCCUCAAAACUGUAAAACAGUGUUUACGACUUUAGGCACCCCACCUCCUUCUUCUUUAGCAGUAAUGGCCCUUUGCCGCUCUCUCUGUGAUUCUUCAAUACCUUUGUGCCUUCAUUUUUCAAACUCUACACCUCUUUGUCUCUCCCACACAGACCCCACUUUAACUCUACCCUCAUGGGAUACCUCUCCUGCAAUGCCGACUCUGCCAUAGCCGCCUGUGAUCCCUACAACUGGGAUCGUCGCCGGAGAAGAAAGGGGAAAACUCGAAGCAAAAACAAAUCUGGGCAUCCAGCAGAAAACGAGAUUGAUCUCUCGAGGGUGAACAACCCCCAGGCUGGUCAACUCAUCGGCUUCUGUGUCGACUCUAGAGAGAAGAAGCUAUUGGUUGUGGAAUACAUGCCCCGCGGUUCGUUGUUCGAACUGUUGCAUUGCUCCUCUAGACCCCCCGGUUGGACCAGGCGAGUCCGGUUUGCGCUGCAAAUAGCCGAGGCGGUUCAGUGUCUGCACACCUCUAGCCCGCCGGUGAUCCACCGAGACAUCAAAUCGUCAAACGUUUUGAUCGACGAGAGCGGGGACGCAAGGCUUGGGGAUUUUGGGCUGGCCUUGAGGGGACACGUGGAGGACGUUCGCGUCAAGUGCACCCCACCGGCGGGGACGUUAGGAUAUCUCGAUCCGGGCUACCUGGCCCCCGGCGACCUAAGCACCAAGAGCGACGUGUUCAGCUUCGGCAUACUGUUGCUCGAGAUUAUCAGUGGCCGGCACGCGAUUGAUUUGAACUACAGCCCGCCUUCCGUCGUUGACUGGGCUGUCCCCAUAAUCAAGCAUGGCGAGUUUUCAGGAAUCUGCGACCACCGUCUUAGGUCCCUUUCCGACCGGUCCGUGAUCCGUGCUCUCGCGGUGCUGGCGGCUCGGUGCGUGAGAUCCACUGCGGCUAAGCGACCAGACAUGGCAGAGGUGAUCGACUGCCUGAAGAACGUGAGGAAGAAAUUCCACUCGCCGCCCGGUUGGUGCAACCUGCGGCGGGUGAUGACCCGAUUAGAAUUAUCAGAAUCUUCCGCUCAACACGACCCGGUUGAGAAAAGCGAGGAUGUAGUAAUUACGAGCAGCGCAAGGUGCGGGAGCCGGAGGAACAGGAAGGUUUCCAGCGUAACGAGCGUGGAUUCUCGCGAGGGGAGCGGAGAUCGCGUGAUCAGAUCGAGAUCAAUCGGGUGUUUAAGCGAAGCGAGAGUGGAGCCGGAUCUCAUUCUCGGCGGUGAUGGGGACGAGGUGGGUCCAAGAAGAAAGAAACAUGGUGGGUUGGCGUUGAAAAUGGCGGCGGUGAGAUUGAGGAAGUCGAGAUCAAUGGGAGUGUUGCAGAGCAGGAAGGCUCUGCUUCAUCACGGUGGAAAUGACGGCAAAGGUUAUGUGUCCGACAUGAAAAUGCAGAGAAGAAAAAAUAAUACGUCAAAGUUGGUGAUUACAAGGACGCGUUUGGAUGAAAAAUCUGAAAAAGAAUUGCAAAAGAAGCCACUGGUUUCCAGUUGACUGAUAAGUUAAGUUAAGCACUUAUUUUGAUAAGAGCUUCCAGGAGUGAAUUUCAAAAGGGAUUUCCUUUUUUUUUUUUUUUUUUUUAAACCAAACAGCUACUAAAUCUACAACGUUGUAAGAUGAUUGAUUCUAAUUAGAAUCCUG